AUGUCUUCUGCAACUACUUUACAUUUAGACAUUACGAAUUCACAAACUUCCUUUAAUAUUAUUAAUGUAAAUGUCAGUGAGAUUUCAGAGGCCAGAGUUAAACAUGUAUGGCCAUUACUGCUUCCAGAACAUACAACUGUUUUAGAUGAUAGUCUAGGUUUAGCUCUUUGGUUUGCAGCCCGUGGAAAAGGUGUUUUGCACAGUUCAAGUGAAUUCGAAGAGAAAUGCACUUCGUCAGCAAAGUUUCUGUUCCUCGGUUCUGGUAUAGAUGAACAAUUAGCUGGUUAUGCUCGUCAUCUAACAACAUAUAAGUAA